AUGAGCACUCUAUCUGCUCUCGACAGGCACCGUGAAGGAUCCAAUCAUACAUUUGUCACUUCUCCCAACUCCUAUAUCCAUUUAACUUCAGGCGACUCUGACUAUCGUUCAUCAACUACCAUUUCUGCGUCUCGCUCCAGUCGCCGCUCUCUCGCUGCAAUUGCUUUGGAAAAGACUUCCCAGGCAUUUAAUAGCUUCACAGCUUCCCUUGCCGCGCAACAAACAGGCCCCUCUGUUCGUAAUCCCCCGUCACACACCAACUACCAGAAGCCGCCAGCACGAAAUACCCCAUCUCCUGCGUUCAGCUCCUGCAACGUCUUUGAGGAUAGAGCCAACGUCCAGAGCAGUGACAGCUACAGUAGUGCAGGUGGUCGAGGAAGCGGUGAUAGCGGGCCUAGCUCUGGUACUGGCGGUGUGAACACGGAGGACUUCCGCCUGUCAAUUCACUCGUUGCGCAGAGGCUCUGUUGACAACCUCACCAUAACCACACUUUCCCGCCCAACGACUCCUAGUACCGUAGCAUCUCCUAGCCAACAGACCUUCCCACCUACUGCGCCUCGACGAUAUACUCUUCAAGGUAAUCAAAGGAAUCCACCGCUGCUCAACAGCCCUUCUGCACCUGAAGACGAUUCGGAUCCGGCCAUGUCAAGUGGCAAGAUGCACCAAACUUCUUCGCGCUUGCUGCGAAUGACCAGCAAUGAUCGGCCGUUCACCAGAGAUUUUAAAGACCUCUUCUCGACGCUGAUAGUCAAGGAGGCCAUCAACAAUCUCGGUUCCCUAAAGUUCUCACAAUCGAAUCGUAUGCCAGACCCUAAAGAUCCCUCACGCAUUGUCACAACCACUACAACUACGACAUUUUCCAUGGCGAAAGAAAUGGCCCGUUCCGUAUGUCAGCGGUUUGUAGAUGCUAGAUUCAUCGAGCCAGUAGAUGGAAGGAUAAGCAAUCAAUUCCCCCUCAAGGGCGCGCUUUUUCACUUGACCCCGAAGGGAAUUCACAUCCUGCAGCGAUUUUGCCAGAGAAACGGCAUCACUGCCAGGCACAUCAUGGAUGUACUCGAAUCUCCCAGAAAUACCAUGCAGCUGGUUAUAUUAGAACGGGAAAAUUCUAAUGAUCAAAUAUCUCACGACCGUGCCACAAUCGAGGUUAUUUUCCGUCGGUUUGCGGGGCAGGACGGCCCUAAUAUCAAGUCGUCCGCUUCGACUUCGGAUUCGGACUCCGUCAGUGACUACACCAACGGACUUGUCGGCGUGAAAAUGGCGAAAGAAAGGAAAGUCGGAGAUAAAGUCAUUCAGAAUUCCUUUACCGGGAAAGCAGCGGUGGAUUGGCUGAUGGACUGCUGCACCACGAUAGACCGUCGAGAAACAGUCGAGAUUGCAGCCUUGUUUGUUAAACACGGGUUGACGUACUCUGCCUUUGAGGACAAGAAUUAUGUCCAAAAUAACCCAGACGCGGCAGCUUUCCAACCCACCAAGUAUUCUAUCUAUGCGCUGACUGAACGAGGGCAACGGAUCUGUGGAUGGAUCGCGAGAGAAAAGCCGCUGGUCACGACUUUCGACGGCCGCGCUGCACCCCGAGAUUCGAACAACGCCCGUUUGAAUAACAUCUUGCAAGAUCCUGCGUUGCGAUUACUGUUCAGGGAAUUCCUGCGUUAUUCCCUUUGCGAGGAGAACCUGUCUUUUUAUCUUGACGUUUCCGAGUUUACAACAACUUACCACCAGCAAGAAAAGGCUGGUGCAUUUGCGAAGAUGGAUGCCGUUCGAGAAACUCUUGCUAGUGCAUAUGGCUUAUACAACGCCUUCCUUGCCCCUGGGUCUCCUUGUGAACUCAAUAUUGAACACGCUCUACGGAAUAGCCUCGCCAGCCGUAUGACGCGAGCCGUUGGAGAUGAUGCCUCUAUGCUCAAAAGCUUGACUGAAGUCGUCAGCCUCUUCGAACUUGCUCAGGUUUCCGUCUUCAAACUCAUGUCAAGCGACUCCGUCCCAAAAUUCGUCCGAGAUCCAAAAUAUGCUGUCGUUUUGCAGGAACAUGAUUUCGAUCCCAACAUCCCUGGAAAGUCGAACUUGCCGGGUGCCGCCCCUAUUCCAGAACGCUCCAUGAGCCGGUCCACCAGAUCGUAA